AUUAUCUUCGUUCGGCGAAGCGAAAAUGCAUGUUUGAAUUGGAUCACCUAGCAACUAUUACUUCAAGCGAAGAGCUUUCAUUUGGAAGGAGCGUUUAUAGAUUGAGUUGUUGACUAUUAGAGUUCAUGUCAAUUAAUCUCGUAACUUCUAUGCUAAGUUCAGCGGAUUGAUCAUCGUGGCAAAAUGUGUUCCUUAUCUGAUUUGACGAAAGGGCUGAUCACUUAUAAUGGCAGGAACAUUGACGACUGUAGCAGAAGCGGAAACACUGAAGAAAGGCAAUCUGUUUGAAAAGGACGGAAGUACAAGCUCCUCGGAAGCAGCCUUGGUACGAGCUAAAUCGAAAGAGACUGCAUUUGACCAGCUUGGUUUAAGUUCCUGGCUUGUCGAUGCACUUGGAUCGCUUUCCAUUCGCAAACCAAGUGAAAUUCAAAAGGCUUGUAUACCAGCUAUCCUUUCUGGUAAGGAUGUAAUUGGUGGAGCCAAAACUGGAUCCGGAAAAACAGCCGCAUUUGCUUUACCUAUUCUUCAGAAGCUUUCUGAAGACCCUUACGGUAUAUUUGCGCUCGUUCUUACACCCACAAGAGAGCUUGCUUUCCAAAUAGCAGAACAAUUUCGAGUCUUGGGAAGAGGAGUGAAUAUCAAGGAGACUGUCGUUGUUGGUGGAUUGGAUAUGAUGCAGCAAGCUCUUGAUUUGUCUCGGCGACCACACGUCGUUAUUGCCACACCAGGACGCCUCCGAGACCACAUACAAAGUUCUUCUGGAGCAGUAGAUUUAAAGAAUAUCAAGUAUCUCGUGAUGGAUGAAGCUGAUCGAUUGCUUUCGGAUACCUUUACGGAAGAUCUCGAAGUGAUAUUCAACAAUAUACCAGAAAAGCGGCAAACACUCUUAUUCACAGCCACUAUGACCGACUCAAUCCUUGCAUUGAGCGAGGCGGAAGAAGACCCAAAGAAAAGGCCAUUUUUGUACCAGUGCGAUACUAGCAUUCAUACUGUUUCGACACUUGACCAAUACUAUGUAUUUGUGCCAUCUCAUGUUCGUGAGGUCUAUUUAGUUCAUGUUCUUCGAUCAAAGGAAUAUUCCGGAAAGUCGACCAUAAUAUUUUGCGGAAGAUGCAAAACAGCUGAAAUGAUCACAGUUAUGCUCAAGGAGCUGGGCAUCCGAUGCACUGCUCUACACUCCGACCUGACCCAACAACAGCGUUUGGAUUCUUUAGGUAGAUUCAGGGCACAAGUAAUUGAUGUUCUUAUUGCAACCGAUGUUGGAAGCCGUGGUCUUGAUAUCCCUACUGUCGAGCUUGUGCUCAACUUUGAUAUCCCUCGUGAUCCAACGGAUUACAUUCAUCGUGUUGGUCGUACUGCAAGAGCUGGUAGAGGUGGUCAAGCCCUGUCUAUUGUGUCAGAACAUGACAUACAGUUGAUUCAAAAUAUUGAAGCCAAGACAAACAAGCAAAUGGAGGAAUAUAAGGUUAACGAGAAUAAGAUUUUGGAGGAAUUGAACGAAGUGACUACUGCUAAACGCGUUGCCAGAAUGCAUCUCCAUGACACGAAUUUCGGUGAACGAAAACAGUUAAGAAAAAAUAAGAGAACUGCAGACGAGGAAGUCAAGGAUCCAUCAAAAGCGCAAUCAAGAGGAAAAAAGAAAGUAACACGAGUGUAAUUUGCACAGCUUACAUAGACAUACAUUGUACAUAAAAUGA